GUCAGUAACACUGGCGCAUGCCCAGUAACUAUCUCGGUUUAUCAAUUCGCAGCUCAAUAUCUCUCAGCAAUAUCCAUGGUAAACUUUGCGGAGCUCAAGCAGAAGGCAGGGAAGGCCAAAGAUGCGAGUGUCACAAUGAUGGUGAACACAAGGGACAAAUAUUCCAGUGUCCCCUCUUCAAAAACGAAUUGGGAUCCUAACUGGAAGCGUGCACCUCCACCUGCUCCAGCAGGAUCGUCGGGUAAUGGGUCCCCACCGCCUCCGCUGCGAUCACGUCCAGAUGCUUCUGGAAGUACGAGAAGCUCUGUUGUUUCACCUCCUCCUCCCUCGGCUCACGGCUCACGGUCCGGUGCUCCUUCCUCACCAUCGUAUAGCCAUAUUUCUCCUCCACCCGCACGCGCUACGAGUUCUUACCGAUCACAGAUGGCGGGAUCAGCAGAUCCAGUGAAUCACAUAGAUUGGGCGAAUUUGUCACAGGAAGACAAGGAUGAAUUUUUUAGUUGGCUGGACGAAUUUUUCUCUAGAUAUCUCGAUAUCACUCUGCCUUCCGGGCGUUCAUCUGCAGGAAUGAAAGGAAGCACUGCGGUCACAGUACAGUCAGCUGGACCUCCGCCGGUCAAUCUCAAUUCACGACCGUCCUGGUGAAUGACCACCUUUAUUUGGUACUGCGCCUCCGAACUGUUUGUGAACCGCUUCCAUGGAAUCUUGGCCUGACUACUACAAGCGCUCAUAAUAGUCCGCAUUUAUGGAGCUCGAAAGAUUAAUGCAUAGUUAAUGAAUGACUGCGAAGAUAUCCAACAUCUGUGA